UUAAACUUUACCAUAUAUCUUCUCUCAAGCAUGUUGAUUAAAUAUAAUCCAAUGAAGCAUCCUCUGCGUUCUCUUCUACACUUGUUUGUUGCCAAGAAAAAAUCCCCUCAACUAGAACCAGGUUCAGAACUUCCGGAUGAGAUAUGCCGUCAAUUUUCACUAGCCGAGCUCAAAGCCGCUACCAACAACUUCCACCCAGACUCCAUUUUUCGUACAAUUCAUGGCUGUAGUACUCUUUAUAAAGGGAUCAUCGAUUAUGGAACCGUUGUUUUUAUCAAACGUAUCUAUAGCAGUUCAAAACCAAAUGAGGUAGAGAUGCUUUGCCAGUUGCACCACCCACAUCUCGUCUCUCUUAUCGGCUUCUGCCUCCUGGAGAAACAGACGCUCCUGGUGUUCGAAUACAUGAGCAGAGGGUCACUCGCUGAUUUCCUCUUUGGGGGUGGGGAGGAUUUUGUUCCACUAGCUUGGAAACGUAGGUUGCAGAUCUGUAUCGGUGCAGCACGUGGAUUACAUUACCUUCACACCGGGGCCAAGCGUUCUGUAAUCCACCGUGACAUCAGGACCUCAAACAUACUUAUAGAUGAGCAAUGGUCUUCUAAACUUUCUGAUUUUGACCUCUCCAAACUGGGUCCUCGUAGCAUGUCCAAAGCCUUGAUAAGAAUUGAUUCACGUGUUUUGGGAACUUUGGGAUUUAUGGAUCCAGAGUAUGCCAUGUCUGGGGAACUCACAGAAAAAUCUGACGUCUUCUCGUUUGGGGUCACUUUGUUCGUAGUUCUUUUUGGCAAAGCAGCGAUUGAUCGCAGCCUACCGACGAAUCAAAGUUAUAUACUUGAUUGGGCCAAGGAAUCCCUAAGGGAAGGAACCAUUUAUCAUGCCAUUGAUCCACAGCUCAAGGGAAGGGUAGCUCCGGAAUGUUUGAACAAGUAUUUGGAAAUCGCUUCUAGUUGUGUCCACGGUAGGGCAAACGAAAGGCCGGCGAUGGGCGAGGUGGAGGUCACCCUUGAGCUUGCCUUGGAGCUACAAAACAGAGCAGAUGCUGAAAUGGAGGCUUUCAAUCCUUCUGGUGAAUAUCUGUAUGAAGAAGCAUUAUUUUCUGCCUUUCUUAGGAAUUUUUCUGGUCUUGAUAGCAAAUAUACUUCUUUGUUAUCAUAUUCAGAUAGCAGUAGUUCCAAUUCUAGUAGUUAAAUGCUUUGUGAGGAAGGAUAGCGAUAACUAUUUAGAUAGUCUGCCAAUUGAAUUCCCAAGCACUCUUUCAUUGUAGCAUGGCUCAUCAAGGAUGGAUCGACAAUGGAAGGAUGAAGACAGUAAUUCUGUUUAAUCGUCUAGUUAU